AUGGCACUGCUAGCCAGUAUUGAAGACGGCGCGUUUGCUACCUUUAGUGAUACCCAGGUUGUUCAACUCUUUGGAGUCACCUUUGGCUGGGAGCUCAACCGACUCAAGCGCGCAAAACCGACUGUUGAAACUGCAGACGCCACAACGCAGGGGAACCUCGGCGAUGAUGGCCUUACUCCCUCGCAGCUCUUAUAUGGAGAGGACUUUGUUGAAGUAAACCGCACGCUUGUUGGGAUGCUUGCGUUAAAGUGGUUAUUAGCCAACGACUACAACUCGUUCACACGGUAUCAGCAACCGGCGAAAAGGAUUCAGCCUAAAUCAUUCGAAAGGCUUCAUGACAUUCUAUCUGGAGGUCUUCCGAAGGCUGGGGAUAUAUAUGCCCUUCUCGUUGCGAUUGUGAUCAACGAUCUAGGGAAAGAUGACAGCCUCGAGGCAUCAGUGAGGGAGGCCACGGGUAUUACAUACAAUAACCAUGAUGAGGUCCUUUUAGCAGCCGCUAAUGCCCAACUUAUACCAUCCAUCAACUCACUCAACGCAGACCUGAGGUCAGAUCUUAUGCUAGGACUUGAAGUCGGUUCUAGACUUAAUCUGGCACAGCUAGCUCAGGGAGAGAACGUACCAGCGAGCCUUAAAAGCAUAUAUGCAAUGCGUGGCAAACAGCAUGCUUUUUUCUUGAAAUAUAUGGAGGUUCUCUUAGAUAUUGCGGGUGCUGCCGGUCAUAUGGAUGCGCGUUGUGCAGCGGCGAUGACAGAGCCUGUUUUUCGAAGCUAUCUUGCAGUAUAUGACUCUCUGGUUGGAGCUAUCAGUGGAAUAUUCUCUUUGCAACACGCGUACGAUCAUAUUCUAACCUGCCGAGCGAAUAUCCUUCAGGAUAUCGGGUUCAGGUGGUUAUCAAUUCGCAUACCAACCGAGCGUGCUUUAUUGCGACUAAUGACAAUGGGGAGGGUAGCAGAUAUAUCUUCAGCAGACUGCUUUUCACAAGCAUUCUCAGAUUUGCCAGUUGACAUAAAACAAAACUUGGUGGACGGGCUAAGUGUUGACGGUUUGAAGGCGAAGCCUGCUAUCUUGCCUUACUACGCUCCCGGGUUAAUCGCCGAAGCACUGAGAAAUUGUGUUGACGACACGGCUGAUGCAAAAAAGCGUACGGUGGGAGCAUUGAUGCGCUUCCUUGCUCGAGUUUACAGUAAAAUUACGCCGGAGGUACUCAAUCAUCCGGAUAAGGCAGCCCCAGAUGUUAUCCCGGUCGACUUGUCUUUUGCACAGACAGUAGUAUCGAAUGAGCAGUUCAAACUAGAUCCAACGGUAUUAGAUACAGUGCCUAUUCCUAGCCAACUCUAA